UCUUUCUGAAAUAAAUGGACCUUUUCCUUUUUCUGCUUUUCGCAGACCCUUCUCCUUUCUCUAUCCCCUCCCUCCCCUACCUUCCAUUUUCCCCCCUCCCCAAUCUCAUAGCUUCGGCACCCUGUUCCCCCGUCAGCCACCCAAAGCACCCGUCGGUGCUGGCCUUCCUUUACCCCCACCAUUUCCUUCUUACUUUCUCUUAUUUGAAAACUUUCAGAUCUGUAAAAAGUUUAGAAUAUUGAGCUCUCGGCAAGCGGCGGACGUGAGAAAGUGCUCUUUGAUCUUUUUGUUGCGAGGGUGGUCUCCUUGGAAAGCUCGUGCCUCCAUUGCAGUAGGGUUUUCGAAAAAGCUUGAGAGAAUGUGGGCCUGGGGCGGGAAACAACUCUUCCACUGCGUCUUCUAGCCAAACUAUCACCACUUGCAGCUCUGCAGCGAUCACGAACGAUCUAUUCAGUCCAACCAAAGAGGUCAUGAUAAGAAAAGAAGAAACUAUCAUGGCAGCUUCUAUCACCACCAAAGAAUGCCUAAGACAUAAAUGCUCUGCAUGCUACAAGCAAUAUAAGAAGAAAGAGCAUCUUAUUGAGCACAUGAGAGUUUCGUAUCACUCUGUUCAUCAGCCUAGAUGUGGGGUCUGCCAAAAGCACUGCAAAUCAUUUGAAUCAUUGAGGGAACAUCUAAAUGGUCCACUUUCAAAAUCAAAUUGUUCAAAAAUUUUCUUGGAGCAAGGUUGUGGGCUUUGUUUGAGAGUACUUGAUGAUCGCACAUCUCUCAGUGGGCAUCAAGACAUUUGCCGCUUAACAGCUCCUGUUCGCCAAGGAACAAGUCUAUUGCCAACUGAUUUAUCAGAUUGUUAUGAUGAAGACCGUUCUGAUCGAGGCCUUGGAGCAAUAGCUAUGGAUUGUGUUAUGGCUGGCGGUGGAAGUGAUGGCACACUGGACAUUUGUAUUGGGAUCUGCCUUGUUGAUGAAGACGAGAAAUUGAUUUUCAAUACUUUUGUACAACCACAAAUACCAAUCACGAAUUACAGGCAUGAAGUAACUGGGCUAACGGAAGAACGUGUAAGGUAUGCCAUGCCACUGAAAGAAGUCCAAGAAAAAGUAUUAAAAAUCUUGUUAAAUGGAGAAACCAUCGAGAGAUUGAGAUUGAAUGGUGGCAAAGCUAGGCUUCUUGUCGGCCAUGACUUGGAGCAUGAUUUAGAUUGCUUGAGAAUGAAUUAUCCUGAUCAUAUGUUAAGGGACACUGCUAGAUAUACUCCAUUGAUGAAAACAAAUUUGGUUAGCCAUUCUCUCAAGUACCUUACUCGAACAUAUUUGGGGUAUGAUAUUCGGCAGGGUGUGCACGACCCCUAUGAAAAUUGUGUAUCAGCGAUGCGAUUGUACAAGAGAAUGCGCAGUCUUAACCAUCAUGGAGAAGUUACGACACCGUUGAUUUCUCCUCCCCCUGCUCGGUAUGUUGCUCACAGUCUUGAUUCCUAUAGUGCAAAAGAUCUUGAGAAGAUGACUCCAGAUACACUUUAUGAGUUAUCGAGAUCGAACUUUAAGUGUUGGUGUCUUGACUCGAGACGAGUAAUGCAAACUUAGGAUCAGAUCAUGUUCAUUUUCUGCUGGGAAGAAAAGGCAUAGACAGUACUCAUAUUGCUGGGGAGAGGUGAGGUUGUUGGAUGAUGAAAAAGGGGGAAAUGAGAAAGGAAGGUUGACCUGCUCUUUUGUAUCUAUCUAGCCUUUCAAGACUUGAAACGAUUAAAAUGCACCUGUUCUAUCGUAUAUUGGCGUCUUGCCAAUUUAUGGUUGUGUUUGAGGUCUCUGUUGGUGUUUGUUUCUUGAUACAGACGUGUGUCGGAAUGGAACGGACUUUAGAGGCAUCUUUAGAAGUGUUAAAUCAAAUAUGAAAAUGAUUCAAUAUUAUUUA